UCUGUAAUGGCGGCCAUUUUCGACACAGGAAGAUCGAACUAGACACAUUAACGUAAUUCCUUUCUUUGGUCAAGUUCUCCAUUUCCUGUUAAUUGUGAACGAGUUCAGGAGAGUUUAGAGGUUAUAUCGGAUUGCGUUGAAGGCCAGUAGUUUCUAUUGUUGGUGCCUUUACUGGUAAAAACCAAACUGCAACGAUGCCGACAGUCAAAGGGGAUGGCAUGCGGGGUUUGGCAGUCUUCAUUUCUGACAUCAGAAACUGCAAGAGCAAGGAAGCUGAGAUCAAACGAAUCAAUAAAGAACUGGCCAACAUUCGCUCCAAAUUCAAAGGGGAUAAGACUCUAGAUGGAUACCAGAAGAAGAAAUAUGUCUGCAAACUGCUCUUCAUCUUUCUGCUCGGUCACGACAUCGACUUUGGUCACAUGGAGGCCGUUAAUCUCCUCAGCUCAAACAAGUACACAGAGAAGCAGAUUGGCUACCUGUUCAUCUCCGUCCUCGUCAACGAGAACUCUGACUUGAUGCAGCUGGUGAUUCAAAACAUCAAGAAUGACAUGGGAAGCCGUACCCCCAUCCACAUCAACCUAGCCCUUCACUGCAUCGCUAACAUCGGCAGUAAGGCCAUGGCCGAGACGCUCGGGCCUGAGAUUCCCAAGCUACUAGUCUCAGGGGAUACCAUUGAUGAGGUGAAGCAGAGUGCCGCCCUGUGCUUGCUUCGUCUCUACAGAACCGACUCCCACUGUAUUCCAAGCAGCGAAUACCAAACAAGAAUUAUACAUCUUCUGAAUGACCAACACAUGGGCGUCGUUACGGCAGCUACGAGUUUAAUCCAUGAUCUUGUGUUAGAUAACCCUGAUGACUACAAAGGUUGUGUUUCAUUGGCUGUAUCAAGACUUAGCAGGAUCGUGACGUCAUCUUACACAGACCUCCAGGACUACACAUAUUAUUUUGUCCCAGCUCCUUGGCUUUCGGUCAAGCUCUUGCGACUUCUUCAGUUCUACGGACCACCCGAUGAUCCAGCCAGCCGAGGUCGUCUUAACGAAUGUCUGGAGACGAUUUUGAACAAAGCACAGGAGCCACCAAAGUCCAAGAAGGUCCAACAUUCCAAUUCCAAGAAUGCUGUUCUCUUUGAGGCGAUCAAUCUGAUUAUUCAUCACGACAGCGAGCCUAACCUCCUGGUCCGAGCUUGCAACCAACUCGGACAGUUCCUCCAACACAGAGAAACCAAUCUUAGAUAUCUAGCUCUUGAGAGUAUGUGUCUUCUUGCAUCUUCGGAGUUCUCAAGAGAAGCCGUCAAGAAACAUCAGGAAACGGUCGUCACAGCAUUAAAGACGGAGCGGGACGUGAGUGUGCGCCAGCGUGCCGUGGAUCUCUUGUACGCCAUGUGCGACCGGACAAACGCUGAGGAGAUCGUUGGCGAAAUGCUGGACUACCUGGAGAAGGCCGACUACUCCAUUAGGGAAGAAAUGGUGCUGAAGGUUGCCAUCUUAGCAGAAAAGUUUGCCGUAGACUACACGUGGUAUGUGGACACAAUACUUAAUCUGAUCCGUAUCGCUGGAGACUUCGUCAGUGAAGAGGUGUGGUAUCGUGUGAUUCAAAUCGUAAUAAACAGGGAAGAUGUUCAGGGAUAUGCCGCCAAGAUGGUCUUUGAGGCUCUUCAAGCCCCAGCCUGCCAUGAGAACAUGGUUAAGGUCGGAGGUUACAUCUUAGGUGAAUUUGGUAAUCUCAUCGCUGGUGACCCCAGGUCAAGCCCCCAGGUGCAGUUCAACCUCCUCCAUUCCAAGUUCCAUCUGUGCUCCGCCCCCACAAGAGGACUUCUUCUCUCCACCUACGUCAAGUUCAUUAACCUCUUCCCUGAGAUCAAGCAGAUCAUUCAAGAUGUUCUCAAGAAUGAUAAUCAGUUGCGGAAUGCUGACGCUGAGCUCCAACAGCGAGCUGUUGAAUACCUCAGCCUGAGCGUACGGACUUCAUCUGACGUACUAGCAACCGUUCUGGAAGAGAUGCCGCCAUUCCCAGAGAGAGAAUCUUCCCUUCUUGCCAAGCUGAAGAAGAAGAAGCCCUCGGCCGUCGUCGAGGAGAAGAAACCUAGCAAGCCGAUCACAGUAGAAGUCAACAACACGGCGGGAGAAAGCAGCACCGACAUACCGAAUAAUAUAACCCCAGUGUCGCAGCCACCCAUGCCAGUGGCCCAGCCUGCUCCCUCCACUGACCUCCUAGGUCUAGACGCCGCCCCGGCUGCACCAGCUCAGUCAUUCUUUGACUCGAUGAACAUGAACGCUGGCCCGACGGGCGGCCCUGUGGCAACUAACAAUUUCGGAGGUGCCCCUGCUGGAGGUCUUCUAGAUAUGUUUGAUGCCCCGGUGUCGACGACCUCCGCUCUUGACCCUAAUGCCCUCUCACCGGGCGCCGAGGAAAACUUCAGCAAGUUUAUUUGUAAAAACAACGGCGUUCUGUUUGAGAACGACCUCCUCCAAAUCGGGGUCAAGGCAGAGAGUAAGUCAAUGUACUGUCGACUUGUCCUGUUCUUUGGUAACAAGACCACGAUGCAAUUCACCAACUUCAGUUCGUCAGUCAGCACCCCUGGGGAGCUUUCAACCCAACUCGUUGUGAAAGCGCCCCCUAUUGCCGAUGUGUUAGACGGUGGAGCGCAGGUACAGCAAAUGAUCACGGUGGAAUGCGUCGAGGAAUUCACCAACCCUCCCUUGCUGAAUAUCGUCUUCACCACACCCAGGUCUGGUACCCAGUCCUCUGAUGAUAUAAGGACACCACCUGUAGAGGUCCACGUUGAACCCCCACAUGCCCCUACCAGACCCAGCUCUGGGGGUGUCAUGCAGUACAUCAACCUCAAGGUCCCAGUCAUGCUGUCCAAGUUUUUCCAACCGACCAAUAUGUCAUCGGCAGAUUUCUUCAGCCGUUGGAAUCAGCUCAAUGCUUCUACACACGAGGACCAGAGCAUUUUCAAGGCUAACUUCUCGAUGGACAGAGAUGCAAACAAAACCAAAUUGAUUGGAUUUGGGAUAGGCCUUCUUGAAGGUGUUGAUCCAAACCCUGAUAACUUUGUCUGCGCUGGUAUCGUUCACUCUAAGAACGCCCAGAUUGGGGUGUUGCUUCGUUUAGAGCCCAACAAGGCUGCUCUGAUGUACCGGUUGACGUUACGCACAAGUAAAGAGGCCGUUUCAAAGGAAUUGGGGAAACUGUUAUCCACCCAGUUUUGAGCAGCUGAAACCAGUUAGAUCCGGUCCUGUCCAGCUUGAACCUGUAUGUAAUCUAUCUACAACUGACAUAAUGCUUCUUCAGGCUUGUCUGAACCCCUGUUUAAGCCAGUGUAAACCGGAUUACACUGGUUGUGACCAGUUUGUACCUGUAUUUAAUCCAGCUAAAAGCGGUGUGUACAUUUACUAAUUCGGACCUGUCUACCUGUAUUUAAUAAAACCGGAACCGGCAUACACUGGUCCAGACUAGUUUGUAGCUGAAACUGGUUCAUACUAACAAACCAAUCUUUAACUUGAGUUAAUCCAGCUGCAAGUGGGUCAGACCGGUUAGCACUUGAUAUUGUAAACUAGAUUAAACUGGUUCAGACCAGUCUGCACAGUGUAACCAGCUUCAGCCGGUAGAAAUACUUACUCAACAAACUGCCUGUACACCCAUCCUAAACCAGCAGGUACUGGUUCAAACGAGUCUGUACCUGUUAUGUAAUCCAGUUUGAACUGGUACAAACCGGUUUGAAGCAGCCCUUUGUAUGUGUAUCUAGUUGGAAUAUUUUUAAGUCUGUGCAGAUGUUAGUUUUGUACCAGAAAAAAAAAGAGAUGCUUUCAUAAAAGUAUUGCAUUAAAAAAAAGGUCAGCAUUUUGAGCUUGUUUUUGUCUGGAAUUGUUUGCGUCGGAACAAAGAGUGGUGCAGUAAUUAAUACUUUGGGUUGAAGCCCAACAACAUUAUUUCUUUGUAUCUCAUUUUCUAUGUAAUAUUUUCCCCCUUAUUAUCUCCUUAUUACUUUGUUCAAAAAGGACAUAAAGUUAUAAAAUUUAACUUACAGAAAAAAUAACAGCUCACCAGCUAAGUAUCAUGUGAUGUAUAUUGUUAAUGGCCGGCUCCCAUUAUUUCAUUUUACCACACAAAACUCUUGCUUUUUAGCAGGGUCAGCUUACCAGCUAAAACUUCAUGUGAUGUGUAGUGUUGGUUGACUGGUUCCCUGCAAACUUUUUGCUUAGCGAUAUUUUGGUAAAGCACACAUUUUUGCUUGACAGGGAAAAUUUGUUUUUAAGCAGGAUACCAGUCUAAGUGUGAUGUCAUGUUUAUUGUUUUGACCGGUUCCCAUCUAAUAGUGUAGAACGGUAGAUCUCAAUCGUCGUCUGUGUCUGCUUUGCACGCCCUCGUUGUCGGCUUUAGACAGAGAUUCAAUCACUGUGCCAUGUAUGUACAAUACAACAUUUAGGAGCAUCACAGCUGACUUGUACAACAACAUUAACCCUCCUACUGUGUGACCACUUAAUAUCAUCCCCUGUGGUUUUGAAUGAUGGCCUAACUAUGCCAUACUGCAUAGUGUGCCAGCGAGCCUGUCAUGUGUUGAAUGCAUCUAUAUAGUGCAUAGUCAACCCUCCUACUGUUUGAACACUCAAUAUCAUCCCCUGUGAUUUUGAAUGAUGGCUUAACUAUGCCAGCCCUGCAAGAUGGGAUGAUUGUGUCUACACAGUGCACAGUCAACCCUCCUACUGGUUGACCAUGCAAUAUUGUCCCCAGUCUUGGGAUGUCAGACAAGCCACCCCGCAAUGUGUUGUUAUGGUGUGAACGCAACUGAACUGUUCACAGUCAACCCUCCUACUGUCUGACCAUUCAAUAUCACCCACGCUGGUUUGAAUGAUCACAUGCCCUGUGUCAGCCUUUGCACACUGCUAGGUCUGUGCACAGCUAUGAGCAAGAUCGGGUGGCGACCAUUUGUCAACCACUGGUCAAUGUUCCAUGGUUACCUAUGCAUUCAAUACAUCCUGGGUACCAGGCAAAAUCAACCAAUGGUCGACUAUAGUCGACUAUAGUGCCUCACUCGAACUUGCUCUAUGCAAGCAUAAACACCCAAUGGAGGCUAAUGGUUCAAAUGGUCGGUCAAACUCGCUGAGCUGUUACAAAAAAGAGGAGGAAACCACUACCCUUUAAGUAUAUUUAAAAUUCUUUGCUGAAGAGUUGUCAAUGAAAUUGUGGGGUGGG